CCCCACUACUUUCUUUCCUAAUAUCCUUCAAAUUUCAACACUUCAUGAUCUUCGUCUAUUAAUUUAAACCAUCCCUUGAGGUUUAGCUCACCAACUUUCUUUUUCUUGUGAAAUCCAUGGCCAAGACUAGGUGGUUGUGCCAUCUUCUGCUGAGGUUCUUGGCUUUUGCAGCAACACUUUCUGCAGUCAUUAUGAUGGCUACUAGCCAUGACAGAACUACCAUCUUCACAGUCUCCUUUGAAGCUAAAUACACCAAUUCCCCUGCCUUCAAGUACUUCGUCAUUGCAUACUCUGUUAUCACUGUCUAUGGAUUUUUUGUCCUCUUUCUUCCUGCGAAAAGCUUGCUCUGGCAACUUGUGGUGGCCUUGGAUUUGGUGUUCACCAUGCUAGUUGUCUCAAGCCUAUCUGCAGCAAUUGCUAUAGCUCAGGUGGGGAAGAAAGGAAACAGUUAUGCAGGUUGGCUACCAAUAUGUGAUUCAGUUCCCAAAUAUUGUGAUGGAGCCACAAGAGCUUUAAUAGCUGGUUUCGUUGCAAUGAUUAUAUACAUAAUUCUUCUUUUGCAUUCCAUUCAUACCAUCAUAGACCCUCUCCUCUUGAGAAAAAGUUGAACACUUUUUCAGGGUUAGCAUGUUAGAGUAGAAUUUGUAGUCAUUUGUUGUUCAACCAACCUUUUCAUUCUCCCAUCAGUUUUACCUUCUUUUUUCUUUCCCCCUUCCCUUCUUUCUUGUAAUAAUUUCCUUUGCUUGAAAUAUGUUUUUAAAUUUUCAUUAGUGA